AUGGUGAUCGCAAACAUGGGCUUAGCCAAGUUGCAGAUGUGCUCUCCAUUCUGCACCCGAGUUGGAAUUCUCGUCCCCAUGUGGACGUGCAGUAGAGAAACAAACAAAUCCAGCCGUCCAUUAUUGUCGUAUACCCUGACUCUUUCUAGGCUGCCAGGUCUCAUUGUCAUAAGCCAGACAUGGCAGGAAAAUAUGAGCUCCAUAGAAGUACAGGGCAAUAAGCCUCAUGCUGUAUGCAUUCCCUUUCCAAUUCAAAGCCAUAUAAAGGCAAUGCUGAAAUUAGCAAAGCUCCUACACCAUAGAGGUUUUCAUAUAACCUUUGUUAACACAGAGUUCAACCACCACCGCUUUCUUAAAUCUCUUGGACCUAACUCCCUCAACGGCUUGCCUAAUUUCAAUUCAAAACCAUUCCAGAUGGUCUUCCAGCUUCGGAUGAGGAUGCCGGCCAAAACGCAUGGUUUCAUGACUUUCAGCAUCACAGCUGCUGAAGAACUUGGAAUCCCUGUUGCACUGUUCUUUACUAUUGCUGCAAUUGGAUUCAUGGGCUUUAAGCAAUAUCCCACUUUGGUAGAGAAAGGACUUGCGCCACUCAAAGAGGAGCGCUAUUUAACAAAUGGCUUUUUGGACCAGGUCAUAGAUUGGGUUCCCGGAACGAAAGCUAUUCGUUUAAAGGAUCUCCCAAAGUCCUUUCAAACUACAAACCCCAACGACAUCUUGUUUAAAUUAACCUUGGAAGCAAUGGACAGAGUUGAUAAAGCUUCAGCAGUUGUUCUUCAUACUUUUGAUGAGUUGGAGGCAGAUGUUUUGCAUGCUCUCUCAUCAAUGUCUCCACCUGUCUAUACCAUUGGCCCUCUCCAGUUACUUCUCAAUCAGAUACCACAACACCCUUUGAAGUCCAUGGGAUAUAGUCUAUGGAAAGAAGAAACUGAAUGGUUCCAGUGGCUCAAUGCUAAGGUGCCAAACUCAGUUGUUUAUGUAAACUUUGGCAGCAUAGUGGUCAUAAAGUCAGAAGAUCUUAUUGAGUUUUGUUGGGGACUUGCAAAUAGCAAGCUUCCCUUCUUCUGGGUAGUUAGACCUGAUCUGUUAGUUGGUGAAUCGGCGAUUUUGCCACCUGAGUUUGUAGCUGAAACUAAGGGAAGAGGUUUGGUAGCAAGCUGGUGCCCACAAGAGCAAGUCCUUAGCCACCCAUCAAUUGGAGGAUUCUUAACACACAGUGGUUGGAACUCAACCAUUGAGAGUCUUUCUGCAGGAGUUCCUAUGCUCUGUUGGCCAUUCUUUGCCGAACAGCGAAUAAAUUGUGUCUAUACUUGCAAUGAAUGGGGCAUUGGCUUGGAGAUCAAUAAUGAUGCCAAGAGAGACCAAGUAGAGAAGCUCAUUAAAGAGUUAGUGGAGGGAGAGAAGGGUAAGAAAAUGAGAACUAAGGCUAUGGAAUGGAAGAAACUAGCAGAGAAGGCCAUCAGUCCUGAUGGUUCUUCAUACGCAAACUUAGACAAUUUAGUGAAUCAAGUUCUAUUAAGAAAACGCUAG